UUGCCCAGCGGGUAGUAAAUGUCUUGGCACCGCUUCACGUCAUCUGGUCACCUUGUGGCUUUGGAUUCAUCUCAAGCGAUAAGGCAACACCAUACCACCUCACCACCACUCUUCCCACGCACAUUCAUCCGCAGCUCACAGGCAGCCGUGCUCAGCAUCAUCGUCCAGGCCAACCUUUCACCCCAGCCGCGGAACCGCUGGAUCCCGCCCUGCCCUGCCUAGCCACCCUCUACCCAUCUGCCACCCUCCCCCUCGGCGGCGGCGGUCCCUCUAGCGACAGGCCCUGUCGCUGAACACCCCCCUUCCCCUCAUCUCACUCGUGCGCACAUUCGAAAACACCACCCCGCUCGGCCGUCAAGAUGUCGAACGGCUGGGGCAUCGGCAGCUUCUUUGGGGGCGGCGCGCGGGCGCAAAAGGACACGACGAAGAAUGCCAUAUUACAGCUGCGAGGCACGCUCGACAUGCUGUCGAAGCGGGAACGGCACAUUCAGAACCAGAUGGAGGAGCAGGACAACGUGGCGCGGAAGAACGUGAGCACGAACAAGACGGCGGCCAAAGCGGCUUUACGGCGGAAGAAGAAUUACGAACACCAGCUCGAGCAAACGCAGGCGCAGAUGAUGACUGUCGAGCGCGAAAUCUCGUCCAUCGAGACGGCCAAUAUCAACAAGGAGACGCUCGACGCGAUGAAGAAUGCGCAGCAAGCGAUGAAGAAGAUCCACGGCGGCUUGACGAUUGAGAAGGUCGACGAGACGAUGGAGCAGUUACGGGAGCAGCAUGCGGUGGGAGAGGAGAUUGCGGAGGCGCUGACGCAGGGCGCGCUCGCGUCGAAUGUGGAUGAGGAUGAGUUGGAUGAGGAGCUGGCGGAGUUGCAGCAAGAGGAGUUGGACAACAAGAUGCUGAAGACGGGGACUGUGCCGGUGUCGGAUCAGAUACAGAGGCUGCCGAAUGCCGCGGUGGGAGAGCCACGAAAUCGAGUGGAGGAAGAAGACGAAGAGGAAGAGCUCAAGAAACUGCAGGCCGAGAUGGCGAUGUGAUUUUGGGGGGUGUUUUCUUGCGAGCGAGACCGGGUGCACCAUUACUACUUGACUCUUUCCACUAUGCCCACGCUGUAGUUACGCUAUGUCUGCGAACUUGUAGAAGCGAUUUGAAUCUUGAUGCCCAAUCCAUAACCAACGGAAGGAGUACGCGGGGUGAUUUACAGUCCGGCAUACUCAAUACCAUGUCAGCCUUGUGGGGCCGGAUCGACGACGGAGUACCUUGCUUGAUCGACCUAAAGUGACUGACACUUCUUCCUCUCGCCUGAUCUGCUCGUAAUUCGCAUGAAACCCCUCGAUAAUGACAUAUGGUUCGCAUAUGAAAGGAAAUGGAAUAUGGCAAGCCUCGAUUCGGCAAGUGCCAUGAGGUAGUCCACAAUUCCGUGGACCCAAGUGGGGCGCGCCGAGUGAAUGCGCCACAAAGGUGGCCGGAGAGCCUUGCUUCUCGCCCACUUCACCUCACCUCACCUCACCC